CAGACAGCAACAAGUCCUCAUUCGCUGGUUUCAGAGACCAUGGAGAACUUACUCCAUCUGUCACUGCUGCUGGCAACAACCCAGCUGCCUUUGGUUUCAGCUAGAGUGGUACACCUGCGAGAGGGAAGUAAUGCCAUAUUCAAAUUUCCUCCACAAGGGAAAGUUACAUAUUGCCCCAGUGAUUGUGUCGGGUGUGAGUGUGUUAUGGGUCUGGGUGGCUCCAGACCACCCAGCUUCCGACAAGUCAAAGUGGACGAAAGACCAGUGACCAUUACCAACCUAAGGGCAAAUGACACUUGCACCUACUUCAACUAUAAUGCUUCCUCUGGCUGUAAUGGGACUGUGGAGCUGUCCGUAGGAGGAGGUUGUAUACGGAACAUCAGUCAUUUUGACUUUUCAGAAGGUUAUUACAGGAAACUAAAGUUGUCAGAUGAAGCAAAGUGUCGUAGAAACUGCACUCAAGAUCCCCAUUGCCAAUACUUCACAUUUGAUACAAGCCACUUCCCAGGACAAUGCUUCCUGAUGUCAUCAGAAGUUAAUGUGAUGAUACAACUUAACCGAAACACUGUCUCAGGAUACUCUCGUAGGAACUGCACCGCUCUCAGAUCAUCGCAAGAUUACUCCGGUCUCCAGUUCCACCUACAAAAGAAAAGCUGGAUUGGUGCCCUGGAGCACUGCCUGAACAACCGUUCCUCCCUGGUUCAAAUAAACGACACCACAGUGCAGCAGAAAGUCGACCAUCUCCUGAGUGAUAAAGAUAUAGAGGAAGGGGUGUGGAUCGGCCUGGAGAGGUCCAUCUUUGGCACCGACCUAGAUUGGAAGUGGGUUUCAGGGGACACAUUAGAAGACCCAGUGGCUCCGUGGAACAGCUCCUUUGUGGACCCCUUAAACAACCACUGUGGAAAGAUCAUCAAGGUUAACGGAACAUUAAUGUGGGUGAAUGCCAACUGCCAUGAUGAGCUGCCUUUCAUCUGCCAACAUUCGGGUAGUAAUACAGCGGCAUAAUUGUGUCACUGCUGUAAAUCAAUAAUGUAUAGGUGAGACUCACGGGCCAGAGUCAAGCACACUCAAAAUUUCUGUAGAAAUGUUUAGUUUUUAUUGGUGUUCUGCUAUGUUUUUUGUUUUUUUUUUGCAUUCCCUUUCUAUUGCACAUGUAUUCCCUUUCUAAUAACUGACAGAUUUACUUUCCUUUUUUGUCAAAUCAACACUCUAAGUAAUGUAAUGCAGGUUAUUGUUGAUCAUCAUUCAUCCAAUAAAAUAACGUUACCUCA